AUGGGUACAGGAAAGAAAGAGGCCACUCGUAAAGAGCGGCAGGGGAAGAAUGGAGAUGGUAUGGGAAAUGUCAGGACCAAGGGUGAAAACUUCUACAGAGAUGCGAAGAAGUUGAGGACAUUGAACAUGUUCAAGGAUGGAAAGGCGAAGCAUGACAAGUACGGAAAUGUCACCCAGGCCGCUUCGUAUCAAUCGAAAGAUGCCCCCACGGCGCGGAUCGAGCCCAACCGUAAAUGGUUUGGGAACACCAGAGUCAUCUCGCAGGAGGCUUUGUCCUCUUUCCGUGAAGCAGUUGCGGAGCGCGCUUCCGAUCCCUACCAAGUUCUGCUGAAAACCAACAAACUUCCCAUGAGUCUGAUCCGGGAUAACGGAAAUGUCAAUGGGCUGAAGCAGCAUGAGGCCAAGAUGGCCAUCGAGAGUGCGCCUUUCAAUGACACUUUUGGUCCCAAGGCUCAGCGGAAGCGUGUUAAGUUGGGUGUGUCGACUCUCGAAGACCUUGCUGGUGAGACUGCAAAGGUGCAGGAUGCCUACCUCGAGAAGCAAGAUCAAGGGACGCACGCAGAUGGUAGUGCUGCUGUUGCUGGUGAUGUCCCGGUGGCUGAAGACGACGGAACUGCGAGCACAGCACCAACCGCUCGGGAAUCUGUUUUCUCAAAGGGACAAAGCAAGCGUAUCUGGAACGAACUUUACAAGGUCAUCGAUUCCUCGGAUGUUGUCCUCCAUGUUCUCGAUGCCCGUGACCCAGAAGGCACGCGGUGCAGAAGUAUCGAGAAGUACAUUCGCGAGGAAGCUCCCCAUAAGCAUCUGAUAUUUGUGCUUAACAAGUGUGACCUCGUGCCCACAGGUGUUGCUGCGGCUUGGGUACGACAUCUCUCAAAGGAUUAUCCUACGCUUGCGUUUCAUGCAUCGAUCAACAACUCCUUCGGUAAAGGAUCUUUGAUCCAACUUCUCCGUCAAUUCUCGUCUUUGCACUCCGACCGCAAGCAGGUUUCUGUAGGGUUUAUUGGAUAUCCGAACAGUGGAAAGUCUUCCAUUAUCAACACUUUGCGGAAGAAGAAGGUGUGCACGGUUGCUCCUAUUCCUGGUGAAACCAAGGUUUGGCAGUAUAUCACCUUGAUGAGAAGGAUUUACCUCAUUGAUUGCCCUGGUGUGGUCCCCCCCAACCAGAAUGACACCGAAGAAGACAUUUUGCUUCGUGGUGUCGUUCGUGUGGAAAAUGUCGAGAACCCUGAACAGUACAUUCCGGCCGUUCUCAAAAAGGUCCAGCCCAAGCAUCUCGAGCGUACUUACGGUGUGAAGAACGUUGAUGAUCCGAUCGAAUUCCUGAGUGUGCUUGCGCGCAAGGGCGGCAGACUUCUCAAGGGAGGCGAACCUGACCUUGACGGUGUUGCCAAGAUGGUCAUUAACGACUUCCUCCGUGGAAAGAUCCCUUGGUUCACUCCACCGCCACAUGGAUCUGGCGAAGAAAACGACGGUAUUGAUGGUCGUCAAGGCAAGCUCGGAGAGAUGGGUCGGAAGCGAAAGCUUGAUGAAUCUGGUUCUGAGCCUGCCGAUGCCCCUGAGAAGCCCUCCAAGGAGUCCAAGUCUGCAGAAAAUGAGGACGAUUUUGAAGGUUUCAGUGAUGACGACUCCAAUGACUCCAUUGCAAACCUCGAAAUCAGUGACGAAGAGAGCGGCGAGGAGAAUGACUGA